AUGAAAGAAGCUGGGACAGCGUCUGUGAUGAAGGGAGCGUUUCCUGCAGAUGGACAACAUCAUACAUUUAAGAAUAGAGAGGAGUGGAAACCUUGGCUGAGGGAUAAUUGUCAGACUUGUUAUCAUCCUUCUGGGACUUGUAGGAUGGGCAAGGUCGAUGAUGAGAUGGCUGUUUUGGAUGAUAAGUGUAGAGUUCGAGGAGUGUCUGGUUUGAGGGUGGCUGAUACUUCUGUCAUGCCUAAGAUUCCUAAUGGACAUCCGCAGAUGCCUGCUUAUGGUGUUGGGGAGAGGUGUGCUGAUUUUAUGAAGGAGGGUGAUACAUAG